AUGGAUAACUAAACAAAACUAACACUCUUAGGUGCAGCCUUCUCUGGAUUGUUCAGUGGUGCUGCUAUCUACGUAAAUGUUGUUGAGCAUCCAGCAAGAUUGAGUUGUGGAGCAGAUAUUGCACAUGCUCAAUGGGUACCAUCAUACAAAAGAGCAGCCAUAUGGCAAGCAUCUUUGGCCUCUCUUGGUGGUUUAGUAGGAGUUAUCAACUAUGCAAAAAAUAAAAACAAGCUAGCGUUAAAAGCUGGUGUAUUACUACUUUUAGUGAUACCAUUCACAUUCAUAGCAAUAAUGCCUACAAAUAAAAUUUUGUUAGAAAAAUAGGAUAUCAAGAAGGAGGAAAAAGAACAAUUACUUACUAAAUGGGGUUAAUUGCAUGCAGUUAGAACAGUGGCGAGUUUAAUUUCUUUUGGAAUAUUUUUAUAUGCUUUAGCCAAAAAGUGA